GGGGAUGGAUGAAGAGCGGGUGUGAUCAGAGGUGGGCGGUGAGCUGGCACAGGAAGGUCAGGUGGGUUGAGGUAGGUGGACCAUUCCAGACUGGGGCCUGCGUAGGGCCAGAUCUGCUGUGUCAGCGCUGCCCUGGUGAGUAAGGGCAGGGAUGGGAGAGGACGACUCGGUGAAAGCGGAGUGAGAGGAGCGCUGGGAGCGGGAACUGCCAGGACUGAGAGCCGGAGGCGACCCGGCGCCGUCCUUCCUGCUGGCACGGUCUGCGGUAAUAACACGUCGGGUUCGUAUAGUGCUUGACACAGUGCAAAGCGCCCGACGUGUAGCGUCUCUUGAUUCUUCUGAAAGUCCUGUGAGGUAGGCGGCGUUCUCAUUCUCCUUAUUUUAGUCUUGGGAAAAUGGAGGGUUCGAAGGAGAUAAGGAGGUUUGAGAACCCAGAUCUUAAGCUUCCAAAGCCCAGAGUCUUUACUACACAAAGCUGCCAGGUAUUAAGCCUUCCGGUGAAGUUCCCUGGAAAUGGCUUUACCCCUUGGAUGUUUAGCCUAUUGUUUAAUAAUUAUCUUGUGUUUUCAGAUGGAGCUGGAAGAGGGGAAGGCAGGCAGCGGACUUCGUCAAUAUUAUCUGUCCAAAAUUGAAGAACUUCAGCUGAUUGUGAAUGAUAAGAGCCAAAACCUUCGGAGGCUGCAGGCUCAAAGAAAUGAAUUAAAUGCAAAAGUUCGCCUGUUGCGGGAGGAGCUACAGCUACUGCAGGAACAGGGCUCUUACGUAGGGGAAGUAGUCCGAGCCAUGGAUAAAAAGAAAGUGUUGGUCAAGGUACAUCCUGAGGGCAAGUUUGUGGUAGAUGUAGACAAGAACAUUGACAUCAAUGACGUGACACCGAAUUGCCGGGUGGCUCUAAGAAAUGACAGCUACACUUUGCACAAGAUCCUACCCAACAAAGUAGACCCACUGGUAUCACUGAUGAUGGUAGAGAAGGUGCCAGACUCCACUUACGAGAUGAUUGGUGGACUGGACAAGCAGAUCAAGGAGAUCAAAGAAGUGAUUGAGCUGCCUGUUAAGCAUCCUGAGCUCUUUGAAGCACUGGGCAUCGCACAGCCCAAAGGAGUGCUGCUGUAUGGACCCCCUGGCACUGGGAAGACACUUCUGGCCCGGGCUGUGGCUCAUCAUACAGACUGUACCUUCAUUCGUGUGUCUGGCUCUGAGUUGGUACAGAAAUUCAUUGGGGAAGGGGCAAGAAUGGUGAGAGAGCUGUUUGUCAUGGCACGAGAACAUGCUCCAUCUAUCAUUUUCAUGGACGAAAUUGACUCCAUUGGUUCCUCACGGCUGGAGGGGGGAUCUGGAGGGGAUAGUGAAGUGCAACGUACAAUGUUGGAGCUGCUUAACCAGCUAGAUGGCUUUGAGGCCACCAAGAAUAUCAAGGUUAUCAUGGCUACGAACAGAAUUGAUAUCCUGGAUUCAGCCCUGCUUCGCCCUGGGCGCAUUGACAGAAAAAUUGAAUUCCCACCCCCCAAUGAGGAGGCCCGACUGGACAUUCUGAAGAUCCAUUCUCGGAAAAUGAACCUGACCCGGGGGAUCAAUCUGAGAAAAAUUGCUGAGCUCAUGCCAGGAGCAUCAGGGGCCGAAGUGAAGGGUGUGUGCACAGAAGCAGGCAUGUAUGCCCUGCGGGAACGGCGAGUCCAUGUCACCCAGGAGGACUUUGAGAUGGCGGUAGCCAAGGUCAUGCAGAAAGACAGCGAGAAAAACAUGUCCAUCAAGAAACUAUGGAAGUAAGCAGUCAUCUUUUGUGUGGAUCCCGCAAAUAAAGCUGUGGGACAAGCCCUC